CUGUACUCUAUAUUAGAUAACUAUCAGUAAGAGUUUUGCCAUCUUUGCACAAGCACAAAGCCACAAACAAGGGAUAUAAAUAGUAGACUGUGCAUAGUUGAUAAGUCCUUACACUGUAUUAGAGAAACAGCUUCGUGAGUUUGUCUUCACCUCAGCAACUUGGACCCUAAAACCAUACACUACAUCCAUAUAGGUAAUACAAGGGCAGUGUCACCUGUAUCAGGCUUCACCCUUGUUAGCCAUGGAUGAGAGAAGUGAUAUGGACAAGUCAGAGGAGGUACUUCUGCCUGGUUUCCGGUUUCAUCCGACAGAUGAAGAGCUGGUAGGUUUUUAUCUCAAGCGAAAGAUUCAGCAGAAACCCCUUUCCAUUGAGCUCAUCAGGCAGCUGGACAUCUACAAAUAUGACCCAUGGGAUCUCCCAAAACUUGCAAGUUCUGGGGAAAAAGAAUGGUAUUUCUACUGCCCAAGGGACCGGAAGUACCGUAACAGUGCUAGACCAAAUAGAGUAACAGGAGCUGGAUUCUGGAAAGCAACAGGAACUGAUAGGCCCAUUUACUCCUCCGAGGGAACCAAGUGUAUAGGCCUAAAGAAGUCUCUUGUCUUUUAUAAAGGGAGAGCAGCAAAAGGAAUCAAGACUGACUGGAUGAUGCAUGAGUUCAGGCUUCCUUCAUUAACUGACCCAUCACUUCCUAAAGUACUGAUAGACAAAAAUAUUCCAGCCAAUGAUGCCUGGGCUAUUUGUAGGAUAUUCAAAAAGCCUAGUUCAAUGGCACAAAGAGCACUAUCCCACUCAUGGGGUCCUCAGUCAACUGCAACAAUAGAGCCAGAUCUCUUAUCUGCCCUGCAGUCCAUACAAGCUUCACAUUUUGCUUUCGAAAGCUCUUGCUUGGCAGAAGCUGCAAUACCUGUGAAUCGGCUCAAUAGCCAGCAUUACUUUCAUGAGCGGCAGCAGCAGAAGCCCAACAGUUCACAAAAUGGCUCUUCAUGUAAAGUCAUAAAUUUCAACCGCAGCCCGUCUUUAACUCAUAUAUCAGACAAAGACAUCCAUAGCAGUCCAAUCAUCUUUCCAUUUGAAACACAGACCCUGCAGAGGUCAUCAGAUGCUGUGUUUCUCAGCAUAGCCCCUGGAAUAAUCAAUAGCAUGAAUGAAGCCUCGCCAGAGAUAGAGUUUGAACAGCCUGAACAGUGCAACGGGUAUGCAGUUGAUUGGGUUAUAGACACAAAUGGAGGUAUUGGAAAUAGGGAUGAAGAUCCAUAUACAAGAAAACCUGACAAUGGAUACAUUACAGGCAAUGAGUAUGAAGUUCCACCAAAAAUAAAAUUCCCCUUUGAUUUGGGGGUACAUUCUUCAGAUGAUUGGAUAUCCAAUGUGCCAUGUGAAUCUCUCAAUUGUCCCCCUGUCUCCCCCAGAGAUGUCCAAUAG